AUGGCCAAGAAGAAAGCAACGCCGCCUCCGCCCGAGCCCAAAGGCAAGAAGAACCAAAAGGGAAAAGCCGUUGAGCCUCCUCCAGUUAAGGGAAAGAAGGGCAAGAGCAGCACCCCAGAAGUCACCACUGAAGAUCCCCAAAAACCCCAGCGUGGGUUGGCCAUUGGUGACAAUUUCGGCUGGACGGGAAAGCUCCCGGCAACUUUACUCUUUGAGUUUGCCCAGAAGCAAAAAUGGAACAAGGUCAUCAUGGACAUGAAGAAAACACCCAAAGGCUUCAUAGGUAUAGCCAACCUCAGCUGGGAGAACCCCAAGACCAAAGAGGUCAUCCACGUUAGAAUGAUGCCUGAUACCCUGAUACUCCCACCUCGAGAGACCACCAACGAAGCCAGACAUUUUGCAGCCACUUAUGCCAUGCACAGAAUCAACUACGUGAAAAACCUACGAAUGGUGCUUCCUAUCAUUUUCAGAGACUACUGGCUGGACUUGGAGAAACAGAGGCAGGAGAUCCUCAAGAAAAGCAAAGCUGAGCACGAUAGAAUAUACAAUGCCAAUCCGUUCCAGGUCGUUUUGGACGAUAAGGCUAAUGCUGAAAAGAAGGCUAAAGAGAGGGAAGCCAAGGCGAACAGCGAGGCCAAGAUCAAUGCACCAAAAGCCAGUAUUUCAAUCGGCACACCGAAAGUUUCAAAGGACAAGAAGCAAGAGAAUCGUAUCAGCAAACCUCGUCUGACAGUCAAUCUUCCUAGUUUCCCUCGAAAGGCAUGGGAAAAUGCCCCAUUCAUAGACUUCCCGAUAGAUGUCAGGACAUCGGUCGAAAGGCAGAUCAGGGAUCAUAUUUCGUGGGUGGAGGACGAAGAGGAUGCACUGGAAAGCGAUAAGCUCAGGCUGCAAUGGAAAUCUGACCUCACUGGUUUAGGAUUCAGACAAAGUCAUGUGGAUGAGGCCCUUUCGUACACACAUUCAUUUACAGAUGCUUUGGAGUGGCUAUUGUUUCACAUUCCUGACGACGACUUACCUGUCUUCUUCGCCAAGAGAGACGAGGACUCCAGUGUUUCCCUUAAGAUAUCCAAGGAUAUCCAGACCGAAUAUGUCCUUCAGAGACUAGCUCAGUCGGGUUGCGACAAGGACGAAAUUUUGGAGACGUACCAGGAAUGUGAGGGCAAUGAAGUUGAAACAGCGAUACGUUUAUGCUACAAUAGCAUCGAGUAUUCCUCAGACGCUGCUCCAGAUCCAAAGGCUUUGUCCACUUGGGUAGAAGAGCUCGAGAGUAUUGACAUGAUAGGCUCCAACGAGGUCAAAUUUGCAGACCAGGAGAAAAGGACCGUCACACUCAGCCUCAACGUUGAGGGAGUGGAACAAGGCAUGCUUCUGGUGAAACUCUUUAUGCCUGAGGCCUAUCCUAAUGCACUUCCAGGUGUGCAAAUCGUCAUCAACAAUCUGUCGUUUAAGUUGGCCAAUUACAUCAAAUUGGCAAUCGUUCGCCAGCUCCUUGGACAUGUCCUCGAAGGAAGACUCCUAGGUGAAUGCUUUAUUUAUUUCAUGAUAGAGUGGCUUGAGUCUAAUAUCGGGAAAGUGAUACAAAACCCGGGGCCAUUGAGUGCCACCUCAGCUGCACAGGCUACAGGUGAAAGCCUGUUAAGCCAGAAGAAGAAAAAGAAGAGAUUCUCGAACCGAGAGCAGCUUGUUCUUACUGAGGACGAUCUCAAGGAAAUCCAAAAUGCGUAUCAGAAGAAAUCAACGCUGGCUGAACUCAAGCGAUCAAUUGGUGAUCGUUCCAAGCUUCCAGCUUGGCAGAAGAAGGAUCAAUUAGUGGAAGUCAUCAAUUCUAAUAAGGUUACUUUGGUCACUGGUGAGACUGGUUCGGGUAAAAGUACUCAGAUUGUUCAAUUUAUUCUCGACGACUUGAGCGCUAAGGGUAAUUUCAAGAGCACGAUUAUUUGUACUCAGCCCAGAAGAAUUUCUACCAUCGGUUUAGCUGACAGAAUUUCAGAGGAACGGAUUCUGACAGUGGGAAAAGAAGUGGGAUUUGUGAUUCGUGGAGAAAACAAGACUUGCAAAACGACCCGUCUUCUGUUUGUCACCACAGGUGUUCUUUUGAGAAUGCUCCAGUCAUUUUUGUCAAAUGAUAAGGGCAGUGAAACUUCCAUUUUUGACAGACUUGAGUAUAUCUUCAUUGAUGAGGUGCACGAGAGAUCUGUUGACAGUGACUUCCUUCUCAUCAUUUUGAAAAGAAUCAUGAACAAAUUCCCCAACUUGAAGAUUGUGCUCAUGUCGGCCACGAUCAACACCGAAUCGUUUAUGAAGUUUUUCCCAACCAAGGUGAACCAUAUUCAUAUUGAGGGUAGAACAUUUCCAAUUGAGGACCACUAUCUUGAUGCUGUACUCAGCGACCUAGAUUAUAGUGUCACAAAUUACUAUGGUGAGGUGAUCAAGCCCAAGGCCGACUCUCACUACUUCAAGACAGGCACGGCCAACUAUGACCUUGUUGCAAAACUCAGUGUCAUGGUUGAUAGGAGAUUAAUGGAUGAGAGAAACACUGGCUCCAUCUUGAUCUUUUUGCCCGGUAUUAUGGAGAUCAACAAGUGUAUCAGAAAGAUCGAGGACGAAUUUAACUCAAAGGGUUUGGACUGUUGGUGUCUUCCUCUCCACUCGACGCUUUCAUCCAAGGACCAAACCAGAGUGUUCAAAAAAGCACCAAACGGAAAACGGAAGAUCGUGGUUUCCACGAAUAUUGCCGAAACGUCCAUCACCAUUCCCGAUUGUGUUGUUGUCAUCGAUAGUGGUCGCUCUAAAAGUGUCUUCUUUGAUCCCCAGGCUAACGUUUCCAAGCUUGUGGAAAGCUGGUGCUCCCGAGCUGAAAUGUCUCAGAGAAGAGGUCGUUCUGGUCGUAUCCAAAACGGUACAUGCUACCAUUUGUACACCAAAGACACUUUUGAUCUGGUGCUAGCACAGCCAGUUCCUGAGAUCAAGAGGGUCAGAUUGGACAACUUGUACUUGGUUGUAAAGGCCAUGGGGAUCAAGAAAGUUGACGAAUUUUUGAACAGUGGUCUUGAUCCUCCUGAUGUUCUGGCCAUUAAAAAGACCAGGGCCAUGUUGGAGGAGAUUGGAGCUUUGCAGAUCGCUGGAACCAACGAAACAUUGACUCAUUUGGGUAAGUAUCUUUCGUUUGUUCCUACGGACUUGCAGCUGGGUAAGAUCUUGAUCCUUGGAUGCAUCUUCUCAUGUGUGGAAAUCUGUCUUACUCUUGCAGCUGUAAGCUCUACUGGAAGUCCUUUUAUCAACAGCAUUGAGAAGGGAGACGAAAUCAGACAAGCAAAGGCUAGAAUCGGCAGAAACCAGGGUGACUUUAUAGCGUCAGCUUUGGCGUACCACGAGUAUGCUGACCUUCAGGGCAACGACAAAAAGAAGUACAUUGCUGCCAACAACUUGUCUUACAUGACUUUGCAGGAUAUCCAGUCGAACAGAACGCAGUACUUGCUGACUUUGAAAGAGAUUGGUUUUCUUCCGUUCAACUACCAGAAGGACAAGCCAGAAGGUAAGUUUUUGAACAGAAAUAGCGAGAACUUUGACAUUGUGAGGGCCAUCAUCACAGGAUCCUACACCCCACAACUUUCAAGGGUGCAGCUUCCAGACCCCAAAUUUGCACAGACAUUAGCGGGAGCUGUCGAGAUUGACCCUGAUGCCAAAAAGACAAAGUUCUGGAUAAGAAACGAGAAGUACAUCGAAGAAACAACUACAGGAGGAGAGGUGAAAGAAUUGCCUGCUUCAAGAGUUUUCAUUCACCCGUCGUCGGUGCUUUUCUCCAAUUCAGCGACUGGUGCUUCUAUUCCUAAUCUUGAGGACCUUACGCUUGAGGACGGAUCGAUCGACAUGCAAAAAGCCAGAGAGCAGUUUGACAUGACUCCGUCAGUUCAACUGUCGAGCCGGUCGGUGCACAAAUCGCCCUUUGUCGUUUACAAUUCUUCAAACUACACCUCCAAGCAUUACCUUAGGGAAAUUACUCCCACAAGCACAAUCACGGCGUUGCUUUUCGGUGGUGACAUCUCCUAUGACAUCAGCAGUCUGGCAUCUGCUUCCAGAAAGUGUCCUGGCAUUAUUCUCGAUCGCUGGCAACCCAUCAGAACCUGGUGUAAGAACGGUGUUUUGAUCAAGCGUUUGAGACUUCUUUUGGAUAAAGUGAUUGAUAACAAACUCUCCAACCCCCUGUUUGAGCAGCAACGGAAUGCCGACGAGGAAAUCAUAGAUGUGGUACGGAAAGUGCUCACGGUGGAUACCAGACAAAGCAAAUUGAGCUCAACUCGGGAAGAGGAGCAAGGUCUCCUCUCCAGUUCAAAUAACUACGACAGCACAAACGAGAUCGUCAAGUCCGAUCUGGAUCCAGAGUCUAUAGACCCUGAUCUCGAAGAUCUACCGAAGGAAGUCCGAGAAACGGUCCCACUCACAGAUGACCCGAGUAUUCCUGUUUUGACCUUUCGUUACUUUGUUCUCCUGACAAUCUUCAUCGUUCCAGGUGCGUUCAUAGAUACUAUCAACUCGUUUCGGACUACAUCGGCGGUCUACUCCAUCUUUUUCGUUCAGAUCGCUUCACAUUGGGCCGGUAAGUGGAUGGCUAAAGCAUUGCCCAGGAGAGAUGUCAGAAUUGGGUCAUUCUCCUUUUCACUAAAUCCCGGCCCGUGGUCUAUCAAGGAAACUGCAUUGGUCACCAUCACAGCCAAAUCUGGCGCUACAGGUAAUUUGGCCACAAACGCUUUAGCUCUAUCUGAGCUCUUUUUCCAUAAAGAGGUACCAAUGACCGCUGCCAUGCCGUUUAUGUGGGCCAUUGUCUUUAUUGGGUACUCGUACGCAGCCAUAGCGAAAAGAGUGGUGAGCUAUGAUCCCAGAUUUCCCUGGCCCCAAACACUAAUGCAGACAGCGCUUCUACAGAGUCAAGACAAGGCCGACAAUAGAAACAAUACCAAGAGAAUGAAGGUGUUCUUUUGGUGCGCUGGGUCUCUCUGUGUUUGGCAGAUGUUUCCAGAAUACCUCUUUCCAAUGACCUCCUCAUUGGCCAUUCUUUGCUGGGCUGCUCCUCACGACCAUAUUCUCAAUUUCAUUGGCUCAGGUAUGGGCGGAAUGGGAUUCCUUAACUUCACUCUCGACUGGGCCAAUGUGACAUCGGAGGUUAUGUUGUACCCAUACUGGGUCCAGGUGGUUCAGUUCAUAGCAUUUAUUUGCGGAGCAUGGGUUCUUUUACCGCUUGCAAAAUGGUCUAGCUUGUUCACUUUUAAGCAUGGUCUCAUGUCCAACCGCCUUUUCACUUUGGAUGGUGACUUAUAUCCCACUGAGAAGUUAAUGACUCCAAAUGGCGGAUUCAACCAGACUGCCUACGAGUAUUAUGGACCAGUGAACCUCGGCGCUCAAAGAGCUUGGAAUAUGUUUUUCGAUUACGGCGCCUACGUGUCAGGCGUUGUAUGGGUUGUUGUUUUUGGAUGGUCACGGUUACGUUCCUCAAUUCGUCUGGGGGGAGUCUUUCGUGAUCGCCUUAACAAACUUCACGCUGCAUACGAAGAAGUACCUGUCUCUUGGUACGUCAUUUUAUUCAUCAUUUCCAUUGCAUCAUUACUCCAUGUUGCUGCUUCUGGCUAUAUGUUCAUGCCAUUCUGGACCUGUGUCAUUGCACUCAUUAUCGGCUCCAUCAUCGUCACUCCACUCAUGUGGCUCUAUGCGCUUUCGAACUUUCAGCUUCCGAUUGGUACGUUCAACGAGCUCUUUUAUGGAUAUUUGGUUCAGGAUUUGCCGCUGAAACACCCAGCGGGAGCAGCCUUCUUUGGUUGCGUAGCAGGAAAUGCUUGGUACAGAUCACAAUUCCAUCUAGAGCUGAUGAAGCUUGGUUUCUACAACCACAUUCCACCAAAGUACGUUUUCUUAUCACAAAUUUACGGCGAGCUCAUUGGGGUCCCCAUCAACUACUUCAGUCUUCGUUGGGUACUUGCAUCGAAGUGGGACUACCUUGUGGGAAAGCUUACUGAUCCGUUGCACCAAUGGACAGCACAGACUGUGAUUACCUAUCACACCAAUGCGAUUCAGUAUGUGAUUCUCGGUCCUCGCCGUCUUUUCGCCAAUUAUCCGCUUUUACCAUUGGGCUUUCUUGUGGGGCUUAUAGCUCCAAUAAUAGUGUUUUUGCUCCACAGGAAAUACCCUAACAGCAUAUUCAAAUUCCAGCUUUGGAACACCACGGUUUUCUUUUCGACCAUGAGCCAUUUCUACGGCAAUUUGUCCACUGGCUACCUCUCCAAAUUCAUGGGAGGUACUGUGACCAUGUUUUACGCUUACAGAUACAAGCACAAUGUCUGGAAGACGUACAAUUAUGUUGUUGCAGCCGCUCUAGACACAGGCUUCAAUUUGGCAGUCACCAUAAUCUUUAUCAUACUUUCCCUCGGUAUCUCUGCUCCCGUCUGGUAUGGAAAUAAUCCAGACAGUGUGGAGCGGUGCUUUGCAUUAUAA